CGCGCGUGCACCCUCGCGCCCCUCCCGCCGGGCACCGCCGGGCAGAGGCGCCGCAGCCUGGGCCGGCCGAACCUCACGCUCUGACUCGCCCCCAGCUUAUCGCCCGGUAGGCGUUGCGGGCUGGCGCCGCUCCGCUGGGGAUUGCUGUGCUAUGCCUUGUGUGACUAAGACCUCUUACUAAGAAUACCUGUCAGACCAUAAAACCACUGCCAAGGAGUGCAGAGGUGGCAAUGAAACAGCCCAACAGGAAAAGGAAGCUUAGUAUGGAUUCCAAAGAGCGUUUGGAUCAGGACAGGCGCUUGGAGCAAGCUGAAGAAGAAAAGAAGCCUAAGGAUGGCACAACUCCUUUGAGUCAUGUCCCUUCAGCGGCUGCGCAGGGAGCAUGGUCUUGGGAGUGGUACUUGAAAGAACAGAAGGCUGUCGCAGCACCUGUUGAGCUGUUUUCCAAGGAUCAGUCCUUUCCAGAGCAUGAAAAUGGUUUUCAGAUUGGUAUGAGAUUAGAAGGCAUCGACCCCCGACGUCCAUCGGUAUUCUGUGUGCUUUCUGUAGCGGAGGUGUGUGGUUACCGUCUUAGACUUCAUUUUGAUGGUUAUUUAAGUUGCUAUGAUUUUUGGACCAAUGCUGGUUCCCCUGACAUUCAUCCAGUAGGGUGGUGUGAAAAGACCAAACAUGAAUUGCACAUCCCUAAGGGUUAUAGAAAAGAUAAAUUUGUUUGGAUGGAUUACUUGAAGGCCUGUAAAUUGCAAAAUGCUCCAAAGAAAUUGUUCAGAAACAGGAGUCCUAAUGGGCCAAUGCCUAAAGAAUUUCAGGUUGGAAUGAAGCUGGAGGCCGUUGACAGGAAGAACCCUUCCUUGGUGUGCGUGGCAACCAUAGCAGAUAUUGUUGAAGAUCGCUUACUAGUGCAUUUUGACAAUUGGGAUGAUAGUUAUGAUUACUGGUGUGAUGUUAAUAGCCCUUAUGUCCAGCCAGUUGGUUGGUGUCAGGAGAAUGGAAGAACUCUGAUAGCACCCCAAGGUUAUCCUGAUCCAGAAAAUUUUUCCUGGACAGAAUACCUGGAAGCUACUCAAACCAAUGCAGUUCCUGCCAAAGUGUUUAAAAUGAGGUUGCCUCAUGGUUUUCUGCCAAAUAUGAAACUUGAAGUUGUGGAUAAACGAAACCCCAGGUUAAUUCGUGUUGCUACAAUUGUAGAUGUUGACGACCAAAGAGUAAAGGUUCAUUUUGAUGGUUGGGACCAUAAGUAUGACUACUGGGUGGAGGCGGACAGCCCCGACAUCCACCCGAUCGGAUGGUGUGAUGUCACAGGACAUCCCCUGGAGGUGCCGCAGCGAACGAAUGAUGUGAAAAUCCUUCCAGGUCAAGCUGUCUGUCCUACUCCCGGGUGCCGAGGAAUAGGCCAUAUCCGUGGUCCACGUUAUUCGGGACAUCACAGUGCUUUUGGCUGCCCGUAUUCGGACAUGAACUUGAAAAAGGAGGCAACACUUCACGAUCGUUUGAGAGAGCAAACACAGGCAAAUUUGGAAUCAGACUCUUCACAUUCAAAAUCAAAAAACCUCUGUAGUUUGAACUUCAAUGGAAAACAUGAAAAGGUGAACAGUCAGCCAAGACUUGUACAGCAGGCAAAGUGUUUGAAAAUCAAAGGAAAAGAAGAUAUUGACUUGGAUAAUCUCUUCAGAGGCAGAAGCUUAUCCAGCAAUCCAGCAUAAAGUGACUUUGAGAUGACCACAUUUGUCAAGUGUCGCUAUGAGAGGCUUAGGGCCCAGGAAACAUGAAGGAAGAGGGUAUGUGUGUAUGUGUGUGCAUAGUGCAUUAAUAAAUUCACCAGCAUACUUAAUUUUUUUUAUGUCUAUUUUUUUUUCUUUUUUUUAAUUGCAUUUUAAGUUUUGGGGUACAUGUGCAGAACGUGCAAGAUAGUUGCAUAGGUACACACAUGGCAGUGUGUUCUGCUGCCUUCCUCCCUUCACCCACAUUUGGCAUUUCUCCCCAGGCUAUCCCUCCCCAGCUCCCCCCCACAGCUGUCCCUCCCCUAUUCCCCCCAAUAGACCCCAGUGUGUAGUACUCCCUUCCCUGUGCCCAUGUGUUCUCAUUUUUCAUCAUCCACCUAUGAGUGAGAAUAUGCGGUAUUUCAUCUUCUGUUCUUUUGUCAGUUUGCUGAGAAUGAUGUUCUCCAGAUUCAUCCAUGUCCCUCCAAAGGACACGAACUCAUCAUUUUUGAUUGCUGCAUAAUAUUCCAUGAUGUAUAUGUGCCACAUUUUCCCAGUCCAGUCUAUCAUUGAUGGGAAUUUGGGUUGGUUCCGGGUCUUCGCUAUUGUAAACCGUGCUGCAAUGAACAUUUGUGUGCAUGUGUCCUUAUAGUAGAACGAUUUAUAGUCCUUUGGAUAUAUACCCAGUAAUGGGAUUGCUGGGUCAAAUGGAAUUUCUAUUUCUAAGGCCUUGAGGAAUUGCCACACUGUCUUCCACAAUGGUUGAACUAAUUUACACUCCCACCAAUGGUGUAAAAGUGUUCCUAUUUCUCCACAUUCUCUCCAGCAUCUGUUGUCUCCAGAUUGUUUAAUGAUCGCCAUUCUAACUGGCGUGAGAAUACUUAAUUUUUAAAAUAUCAGUCCACUAAGGAAUCUGCAAAACUCCAAAUAAAAGAAUUAUUCAAAAGAAAGGAUCUAGGACACUCUUUCUUUACCCUUUCAUUUACUUUGACUUAAAUUGGGGGAAACUCAAAAAGUGAAGUCUUUCUUUUAGCACAGACAUUCAGAAAGGGAGCGGGGUGAACAGUCCUUAAACAAUCUGUGGGAAGAUAAAGAGCCAACCCUAGCAUUAAAAUGUGGGUGGAGCAGAGUAUUUUUUUUUUAAAGCAAGGGGAACUUUUCUUAUUUUUCCUUCAGUGUUUUAAUCACAGGAAAUCUUAGAUACUAUUAGUCAGCUCAGGCUGCCAAGACAGAAUAGCAUAGACUGGGUGGCUCUAACAACAGAAAUUUACUUCUCACAGUUAUGGAGGCUAGAAGUUCAGGAUCACAGUUUUGGCCGGGUAGGUUUGAUUCUGGGGCAUCAACUCUUGACUUGUAGAUGACUGCCAACUGUCUGUGUGCUCCUGUGACCUCUUCUUUGUUUCUGCAUGCAUAGAUCUGGGGGAGGGAGGAUUGGCAAAGAGUGGGGCGUGGAGAGAGAGAGAGAGAGUAGGUGCUCUGUGGUGUCUCUUCUUAUAAGGGCAAUAAUGCUAUCAUGAGGGCCUCACCUUUAUGACUCCAUAUAACCAUAAUUUCCUUCCCAAAUCCCCAUCUGCAAAAUCCAUAGGGGUUAAGAUUUCAUCAUAUGAAUUUUGGGGGAACACAGACAUUCAGUCCAUAAUACCUAAUUAAUGGUGACAUGCAAAAAUAGGUGAUAAAAUUGCUAAUUAUUUAUGAGGCAGAGACCAUCAAAAGUUCUCUCUUGAAUAAUAUUUGCAGUUCAGUGGAACGUAAGCAUUGUUGUUGUUGUUGUUGAUUUUUUUCUGUUAGGUGCCUCCUCACAUUGCUGCACUGUACUUCUUAUCAGAUAUGUCACUCUCACCCAUCAAUGUUGCUGUCUUUUACUAGGAUCACCAAGUCAGGUUAACAGUGAAAACAUGAUCAAGAAAUUGAUUUCUAGUAUCCUCUAGAAUAUUUUUCUGGUGUCUCUGUUAAAAAUUUGUCCAGGUAAGUUAUUUCUAUCUACAUCAAUAUUGGUUAAAUCUCAUUGUGACAUAAAUAUUCAAUCAGUAUCCCUGCCCUUCUUCUCCCUCUGUCAUUAAACUAGAACAUUACACAGAUACUUCCCACUCCUUCUUUAUCCAUUUAUCUUAACCUGUUCCAAAGUAUUAAUUCUCCUGUCUGUGCGUGCAAGUGUUAUUUCAGAGUUAUUUCAGCCCCUCAUCCUCUCUCCAAGUUAUCCUGUCAACUUCUUUCUUCCCAGUGCCAACUAUUCCUCAGGAGCCUACUCUUCCUUUUAUUUCCCUGUUCAGAGCAACUGGCACUUUAAUACAUUAGCUAAACAUUUGUGCUCUCCUCACCUGGGAGAUUACUAGAGAGUUGGGGGAGCAGGGGCAGAUGGAGAUGAGUAGCACACUGAGAUUGCUGGAGAACUAAGUAUUCCCUAAUAUUUAUUAUUAAGCCUCCCCUCUAUGAUUUCAAAUGUCAUUAUGCAGAAGAAUAGAGUAAAAUUUUCUGAACCAUAAUCCUUUAAGCCUGUGUUAGCAGAGGCUACAGUUGUUGCAGUUGUGUUGGCUAUAGUUACAGAUUUGUGUGCUGCCAGUUAUCUGUUUGCAUACUACAAGCAAAAUACUUCACCUGUUACAGAUGUCAGCCUAAUUUAACCUGAGAUUUACAGAAACCAAAUUUCUAGUCUUGCAUUAUACUUCCAAGGGAAGUGCCCUGCACAGAUGUCUGUGUAGAAUAUGAUGGCUGUAUUUCAGUGAAUUUCUCCACUGCAAGAAUGAGAUGCUUCUUGCAAGAAGAUUCUGGAAGAUACUGGAAUAGGAAGCACUAGGAAUCCUUCUCCAAACUACACUGGCAGAAUUUGUUUGAUGUAAUUGUUUUGGAAUUCUGGAGUCUUGGAGUCUAUCAAAGCCUUGCAACUUCCAGAGAAAGGCUUGCUUGGACAAUAAAUAGUGGUUAACGUGGUAAACUGCAGUUCCUUUCAGUCAUUCCACUUCUUAUCUUAGCACAAUAGUAGUUACCCAUUUCACAUUUCCACCCCUGUGGCAGGCAGGUAUGCAUGAGUUCCUGGAGCAGUUUACACACAGUUUGUGGGAGAAAGGGUAGGUAAAAAGUGUCUUGUCCUCCAAAUAUCUGGGAUCUGUGCUCUGACUGCUGAUUGCUGCUUCUGAUCACAGAAGUGCAAAGAAGUGGUGAGUAUUUAUUGUUGCACCUUCCCUCAUUGUUGCAAGCCCCACCCCUCCAGCUAAAGUGACUCUCAGAGAAUAAAAAAAGGCCAGUGCACUUUUAUUUUUGACCCCUUUCCCCUCAUUUUUCUCUUUUCCUCUUUUGGGAUCAGACAUUAAAGACUAAAAUAUCCAAAAGCAACCAUGUGUAUGGAGAAGUUAGAAAAUGGCUUUGUAAGCACAGGGAAAGGUGCAGGCAGGAAAGACCUAAGAAGACCUUCUGUUUAUACUUCAGGGUAAUCGUUGGCACAGAUUGCCUACAACAGUCAAACAACAGCAAUUUUAAAUACAAAAAUAGCAAACUCUGGGGAAGGAUCUGAUUUCCAGAGUCACCACAUUAUUAGAUUUAAAUGCUCAGUUUUCAACAAGAAAUCACAAAGCUUACAAAAAACAGGAAAGUUUGGCUCAUUCAAAGGAAUAAAAAUAAGUCAACAAGAAAAUAUGCCUGAAAAAGAACCUGAUGAGAUUUCUACCAGACAGUCUAAAGUAACCAUCUUGGAGAUGUUCAAAGUAAAGGAAGAUGUAGAGAAAUUCAAGAGAACAAUAUAUUAAUGAAAUGGAAAUAUCAAUAGAAAAAUACAAAACCUAAAAAGAAACCACAAAGAAAUUCUGAAGCUGAAAAGCACAAUAGCUGACGUGAAAAUUUUACUAGAGGGAUUCAAAGGGAGAUUUGAGGAGGAGAAGAGAGAACAGCAAACUUGAAGAUAGGAGAGUAGCAUUAUUGAGUCUGAGGAAGAGAAAGAAAAACGUUGAAGAAAAGUAAACAGAGUCUAAGGAGCCUGUAGGACACCAUCAAGAAAUUCAGCUUAUUUAUUAUGAGAAUUUCGGAAGAUGAAAGACAGAAAAGGGUAUAGAGAAUGUUUAAAGAAAUAAUGGCUGGGAAUUUCCAAAAUUAGUAAAAUACAUGAAUAUAAACAUCCAAGAAGCUCAAUGAACUCUAAGAUAAACUAAGAGAUCCGAACUGAAACACAUCAUAAUUAUACUUCCAAAAGUCAGAGAAUAUUGAAAGCAGCUCAUCAUAUACAGGAAUUCUUAAGCUUAUCUUCAAAUUUCUCAUCAGAAAUCUUGGUGACCAGAGAUAAUGGGCCAAUAUACAGUGCUAAGAAAAACAAAAAUAUUGUCAACCAAGAAUUUUUUGUCUUUCAAAAGUGAGAAAUUAAAACAUUCCCUUAUGAACAAAACUGAGGGAGUUCAUAACCACAGAACCUGCCCUGGAAGAGAUGUUCAAAGAAGUUCUGCACAUUGAAAUGAAAAGACACUAAAGAGUGAUUCAAAGCCAUGUGAAGAAAUAAAGAUCUCAAUAAAGGUAAAUACAUUAGACAAUUAUAAUAGCUAGUAUUAUAACAAUGGUUUGUAACUUUGUAUUUUUCAUAAUUUAAGAGACUAUGACUUUAAAAUAAGUAUUAGUUUAUGGUUUUGGGCAUACAGUCUAUAAAGAUAUAAUUUUGUAACAUCAACAACCAAAAGGGUAGGAGCAGAGUUUUUGUGUGCCAUCAAACUUAAGCCAAUAUAAAUUUAAAUUAGAGUGCUGUAACGUUAGUAAUCCCAUGGCAACCACAAAGAAAACAGCUGUAGAAUAUACGCAAAAGAAAGUGGAAAAAGGUUUUUUAUAACAUUUCAUUACAAAAAAUCAACUAAACAUUAAUAAGAGUAGUAUAGGAAGUAGGAAAACAAAACUAUAAGUCAUAUAAAAAACUAAUAGCAAGAUGAUAUAAAUCUCUAAUUAAUCAUAAGUAAUGAUUUUAGAUGUAAACAGAGUAAACUCUCCUGUCAAAAGACAGACAUUGGCAGAAUAGGUUUAAAAUAAACAAACAAAAAAUAUGGGAUCAAAUUACAUCCUUUUUUCAAAAGAUUGACUUUAGAUCCAAAGACACGAGAGAUUAAAAAUAAAAAGAUGGAAAAGAUAUGCCAUGCAAAUAGUCACCAAAAGAGAGGAGAGGUAGCUAUACUAAUACUGAAAAAAAAAAAUGGAUCACAAAAGGUUACGAUAGGCAAAGAAAUUAUAUAUUAAUAAAAUAUUUAAUAAUGCAAAAGGAUGUAACAAUUAUAAACGUUUAUGCACCUAAUAACAGAUCAUCAAAAUUUAUGAAGCAAAAACUGAAAGAAUGGAAUGGAGAAGUAGACAAUUACACGAUAAUCAAUAAUGGAUAGACCAACCAUACAUACAUAAGGAAAUAGAGGACUUAAUGAGAACAAGGAACCAGCUAUCUAACAGACAUAUAUAGGACACUACCCAACAGCGGCAUGUACAGUAUUCUUAAGUGCACAAGAAACAUUCUCCAGAACAGAACAUGCAUUAGGCCACAAAUUAAGUCAAAAUGAGGUAUAUACAUACCAUGGAAUAUUUUUCAGCCUAAAAAAGGAAGGCAAUUUGGACAUAUGUUAUAAAAUGGAUGAACUGUGAGGUGAGAUAAGCCAGUAAUAAAAAGACAAAUACUCUGUGAUUCCAUUCAUAUGAGGUACUUAGAAUAGUCAAAAGCACAGAGACAGAAAGUAGAAUGGGGCUUGUCAGGGCUGGGAGAGGUGAGAAUGGAGAGUUGUUUACUGGGUCAGAAUUUGAGUUUAACACGUUGAAGAGUUCUAGAGAUGGAUGGCAGUGAUGGCUGCAUAACAUUAUGGAUGUAUAUAAUAUCACUGAACUAUACACUUUAAAUGGUUAAGAAGAUAAAUAUUGUGUGUAUUUUACCAUAAUACAAAAAUACGAUAAAAACCAAGUCAACAGAACAGUACGAAGGACCCAUGUGCUGAUUACAAGCCCCCUCAAUCACCAAGCCCCCACAAUCACCAACUCCUGGUUAGUUCUGCCCCGUCUAUACCCCUGCUUGUAUUAUGUUGAUGCAGAUUGUGUGUGUGUGUGUGUGUGUGUGUGUAACACGUUUCAUGAAAAUAAAGGUUCCAUUCAGUGAUAUAAAACAACACAUCACAAUGCUUUUCUGCACAUAACUUGUUAGUUAGUUUUUUAAUUAUUAUAUUUUAUUUUAAGUUCCGGGAUACAUGUGCAGGGCCUGCAGGUUUGUUACAUAGGUAAAUGUGUGCCAUGGUGGUUUGCUGCACCUAUCAUCUCAACACCUAGGUACUAAACCGUGUUGGUGCAGAUUUUAACCUUACAUCAUUUUAUUCAUAAACAAUUACAUAUGUAACUCUAAGAAAAGCAUUAUUUUUAGCAUAACCACAAAAUAUCAUUAUCCAACCAAUAAAAUUAAUAAUAAUUUCUAAACAUUACCAUCUAAACUUCCUGUUAUCUAAUAAAUGGCAUUUUUUCACUUUGAAUUAGGAUCCAAAUAUGAUUCACACUAUGAUUACCUGACUAUGCUAUGUGUCUCUCAAGUCUCUUUUAAUCUGUAGUUUCUCCUCCAUUUAUUUCUCUUUUGCACGAUAUCUGCUGAAGACACUGGAGUUUAUUUUUUAGUUGCUUUUUAAAGUAGAAGAAGAAUAAAUAGAUGAAUUAAUAGAUGGUUUUAGCCCGACAUCUCCCAGCCACUGUAACACUUUCCCUUUCCCUCUGCUGUGUUCCUUGCUGUGUAUCAUUGGGAUUAUAUGUCACCCUGUUCCUUCCUCUAGGCAGGGGCCCUUAGGGCCAGCAGCUGUAGCUUACUCAUUUCUAGAUCCCCAGUAGCGGUGACUGCUAAACAUUUUCCUGGUAAAAUACAGUCAGACAUUCCUGCACUAGUGGAACUCAGUGACCCAACACAGAAACUGAGUGGGUCUGGGAAGAAGGUUUGUUUGUGUGGGACUUGUGGGUAAGUGGUUUUCAUCCAGCAAGGUGGGUUGUGGGAGAAUCAGAGUGUGUUCCUGUGGCAAGAGGGAAGGAUUUUGUGUGUGGAAAUUAGAAAACGUUCCCAAGGUAGCUUGAUCCCCACCCUCACAGAGUGCUGAAUCACGUCAGUUCUCCACCCCUCACUCUAUCUAGGUCCUCUCCUUGGUGACUUUUCGGUUCUUUUCUUGAAAAUACCAGUUUAACUGGAGACUCAGGUGGAGGGGCUGGACACAGUGUCUCAUGCCUGUAAUCCUAGCACUUGGGGGCUGAGGUGGGCAGAUCAUGAGGUCAGGAGAUCAAGACCAUCCUGGCUAACACGGUGAAACCCUGUUUCUACUAAAAAUACAAAAAAUUAGCCAGGCAUGAUGGCACGCACCUGCAGCCUCAGCUACUUCAGAGGCUGAGGCAGGAGAAUCGCUUGAACCCAGGUGGAGGCAGUUGCAGUGAGCUGAGGUCAUGCCACUGCACUCCAGCCUGGCAACAGAGAGAGACUCCCUCUGAAAGAAAGAAACAGAGAGAGAGAGAGAAAGAAAGAGAGAGAGAAAGGAAAGUGGGGGGGGGGAGGGAAGGGAGGGGAGGAAAGGGGCAGGGGGUGGAGAACUUCCCUAGUGGGUACCAUCCACGCAAUGCAGGUGACCAUUACUCUAAAAGCUCAGGCUUCAUCACUGUGCAAUGUAUCUGUAACAAAACUGUACUUGUGCCUCCUAAAUCUAUGAAAUUUAAAAAAGAAAAGAAACAUGAAUCUGAUUUGCUUUGGCCACCAGAUGUCUGUAGAAAGGCACACAGAGGUGUGAGAUAACACUUUCCAUUUUUCCAUUUGCCCUUCCUCUCUUAUUCCUCUGCCAUCCCCCAUGAAGACAUGCUGGGGCUGACCUGUUGAAAAAUGAGCCCUGUGAAGCCGAGUCAGCUGUCUUGGUCAUCCCAGCCAAGGCCAUGUCCCCUCUGCUCAGCCAACCACUAUCCAACAGACAUGUGAAUGGGCCCUGCUGAAAUCAGAACUGAUCAGCCCACUUGAGUCUAAUCAUCCACCCACAGAUGGGUGAACUAAGUAAAUACUUCUUUUUAAAAAAAAAUGAGAUGCUGAUGGUCCCUGAAUUUCUCAAGAGGCAAAGAAUGUUCCUGCCUAGCAACUUAUAAAUGUUCAGAAGCUAGAUGGGCACGGAGAAGUAGCACCUUAUGUAUAUUCUCUGCCUAUCCGCAAUAAGGUGAAAGAAGGCAUUUAUCUUCUCUGCAACCAGAAAACCUAUAACCCAAAUGCACAAGAACACGGUUCACCAUUCUGCUGUGCUUAUCAGCAGCAGAUAUAUCAGCUCACAAAAUCCCCUUUGAAAUAGAAACUAAAAUCAUGCUCAAUGAUCACUCUACUCCCAUGGGGGAUGAGGAAGAGGAACAGAAAUCAGGACAAGAGCUGGGUUUAGAACUUGGAUCACAUGUGGCUUUUCUCAAUGAUCACAAACCCCAGCCUGCUAAUAAGUAAUAAUUGGAUUUAUUAAGUAUUUUAUGGUGCAGUCUAGCCAGAGAGCAUCUAUAAAAUGGAAACAUGGAACCAGCUUAGUAAAGGGAAAGAUGAAAUUGUAGAAUUAAUUAGUUUGUUAGUGCCUUGAGUAUUUCAUAACAAUAAGCUUAUUGCAUUUAUAAAGGAGAAAACUCUGGGUUUAAUUUAGCUGCCUGGUUGUUUAUAACCUGUUGUGCAAUUUCAGUAUGUUUCAUCUUCGUAUGCCUGUUUUAAAAUAUUUUACUUCAUUAUUGUAAGAAGUUUUUAAAUGCAAUGAAACUUCAAGCCAGAAAAAACUUAGAGAAUUAAUGAAAUGGGGAGUAGAGAAAAAUGGAGAUAGCAUUAAGCUAAAUACAAAGAAAAAAUGGAAACAAAUUUUUUUAUUUGACAGAAUUCAAAGUGGUGGGGGAAGGUAGAAGCAAAUGCAUUGGACCUGCUUAGAUAAGAUCUUAGUUUACAGGCUUAUCUGAAACUUUGGAAUCGAAAUGAUCAUUUUUCUUUUCUUCCUUUUCCGUGUCCUCUCUGCAAUGCACUUCCAGUGGUACUAACUGAUGUUAAAAAUCAGGUUAGUCUGAGAAGGCUGGUCCCCUAAACAAAAAAGUAAAGAGUAUUACCUUCCUCCCUUGAAGAGUCUCUUCAUUGGCCGGGUGCAGUGGCUCGUACCUGUAAUCCCAUAACUUUGGAAGGUUGAGGCAGGUGGAUCACCUGAGGUCGGGAGUUCAAGACCAUCCUGACCAGCAUGAUGAAACUCCAUCUCCACUAAAAAUAUAAAAAGUAGCUGGGCAUGAUGGCAGGCACCUGUACUCCCAGCUACUCGGGAAGCUAAGGCAGGAGAAUCACUUGAACCCAAGAGGCAGAGAUUGCAGUGGUCAGCCAAAAUUGUGCCACUGCUCUCCAGCCUGGGCCACAGAGUGAGACCCCAUUUCAAAAAAGUAAAAUAAAAUGAAAUAAAAUAAAAUAGUGUCUUUAUGAAAAUAAACCUAAUACUUCGCUUGUUUAGUAAAGUAAUGCAAAUUACCUAAUGAUAAAGUCAGAAGAUGUAUAUACGUAUAUGUUCCUGCUAUCUUUCCUUUCACAAUCUAAUUCUCCCAGACUAGGAUUUUUGCUAGCUAUUUGUUCUAUCACCCAGAAUUUUUGAGAAGGAUGAAAAUCUUAUUAUUGAUUUUUGGUUAGGUAAUACAUGCACUUGGUGCAAAAUUCAAAAGGUAUAAAGGUAUACAGUAAAAAAUAAGUUCCCUCCCUGUACCUGAACCUGAUCCUUAGCCUUCAGUUUCACCCCUUGGAAUAAUACUGUAUCCUUUUCUUGUGUGUCUCUCCAAAAAUAUGUUCUGUUUAUUUAAAUGUAUGUGUGUAUGUGAAUUUACACAAGUGAUGGCAUACCACAUAUAUUGCUAAAUAGUUUCCUCAUGUCCUUUAGCAAUAAAAUCCAACCAGCAGUUCUCAUCAGCACAGAUGAAUCUGUCCUGCUUUUUCUACCACAUGGAGCUGCACACUGUAAGUGACUAGUCCCUGCCCAUGGUCACCUGGGUGAUUUUCAAUGUUCGCUAUAAAGGAGGCUUUAAAGUAUCCUCUAUAGGUGUCAGCUUGACUGGAAAAUGAAAAGUGUCUUCUGUGCUUGUCACUCAUGCUUGUGAGAAACUACUGUACGUGAAUCUGUGAAUCUAUCCUAUUCUAAUCCUUUUCAGCAUCUCCCCAGCUACCAUUACUUGUUCAUUUUCCAAAUGAACUUUAUUAUCAGAUUUUCUGGUACAACUUUUUUUCAUUACAGUUGGUUCAUUUUGAGAUUGCAAUAAAUUUAUGAUUUAACUUUUAAUUUUACCCCUUAUGAACUUAAGCAUAAUAAGCUGCUCCCAUACUCAGAUGUUUCCUGUCCUGUAAUUGCAUUUAAAGUCUUCCUUCGUGUAGACCUUGCACCCUUCUUUUGAAGUUAAUUCCUAAGCACUUUAUCAUUUGUAUUGCUACAAUAGAUGGAAGUAUUUCUUCCUUGAUGUCCUCCACCUAAGAUUGUUUGUAUGGAAAGGCUGUAUAUUUCUGUCUAUUAAUUUUGGUCCUGCCACUGUAAUCUCUUCUUAUUUGUAAUGGUUUUCAUUUAAUUAUUUGGGUUUCCAAGGAAAUAAACACGUUACCUACAAAUAAUUGUCAUUUUACCUAUUGAAAGUUGUUUUAUUCCAAUUUUCCCCUAACUGAAAUACCUUAAUGACUUUAGGACAGUAUAUUUAAGCAUCCUCCCUGGCAGACAGGGUCAGGGUCCCCUGCGACGGCAGGUAACUGUGUCUCCUGUGUGUGACCAACAGGAACCCCGUACUGCCUUUACUGAACUCUACUUUUGCUUUUAUUUUAGUUUUAUUGGUUGUUCUUUUAUUUGCUGAUAAAAAUUACAGUAAUUCAAUUCUCAUAUUUGUUUAGUAUUAAAGAACAAUGGGUGGGAGCUGGUCAUGGCUUCAGUGACUUCAACUUUCACUUCUUAGGUUUCCUUACAAAUUCUGUUUAACAUUCAGAGGAAGCAAAAUAAGUCACAGCAGUUUAAAAUUACCCAGUUUAAAGGGCAUGGAGUAUUAUUUUAAUAUUGAGUCUAUUUUACUAUAGUCUCAUUAUCAGAAAACUGGUAAUCUUGUGGAGAACCAAAUUAAUUCUUUUUUUUUUUUUUUCUAUGACUUAAUUCAGUGGUUACUCCAGUAUCACAAUGCUGCUAAGUCUCGUUAGGAUAAACGCUAUUUAUGAACUCCCAUUCACAGUUGCUACAAAGAGAAUAAAAUAUGUAGGAAUACAUUACAAGGGACGUGAAGGACCUCUUCAAGCAAAACUACAAACCACUGCUCAAGGAAAUGAGAGAGGACACAAACAAAUGGAAAAAAAAAUUCCAUGCUCAUGGAUAGGAAGAAUUAAUAUUGUGAAAAUGGCCAUACAGCCCAAACUAAUUUAUAGACUCAACGCUACUCCCAUAAAGCUGCUAUUGACUUUCUUUGCAGAGUUAGAAAAAAUACUUUAAAUUUCAUAUGAAAAAAAAAAGAGACCAGUCCUAAGCAAUAGGCAAGACAGUCUUAAGCAAAAGAACAAAGCUGGAAGCAUCAUGCUACCCAACUUCAAACUAUACUACAAGAUUAUAGUAACCAAAACAGCAUGGAACUGGUACUGGCACCAAAACAGAUGUAUAGACCAAUGGAACAGAACAAAGACCUCAGAAAUAAGACCGCACAUCUACAACCAUUUGAUCUUUGACAAACCUGACAAAACAAGCAAUGAGGAAAGGAUUCUCUUUUUAAUUAAUGGUGCUGGGGAAACUGUCUAGUCACAUGCAGAACACAGAAACAGGACCCCUUCAUUACAGCUUAUGCAAAAUUAACUCUAGAUGGAUUAAAGACUUAAAUGUAAAGCCCAAAACCAUAAAAACCCUAGAAGAAAGCCUAGGAAAUACCAUUCAGGACAUAGGCAUGGGCAAAGACUUCAUGACUAAAACACCAAAAGCAAUUGCAGCAAAGGCCAAAAUUGACAAAUAGGAUCUAAUCAAACUAAAGAUCUUCUGCACAGCAAAAGAAAAUAUCAUCAGAGUGAAUAGGCAACCUACAGAAUGGGAGAAAAAAUUUGCAACCUACUCAUCUGACAAGGGUCUAAUAUCCAGAAUCUACAAGGAACUUGAGCAAAUUUACAAGAAAAAAAAACAACCCCAUCAAAAAGGGGGCAAAGGAUAUGAACAGACACUUCUCAAAAGAAAACAUUUAUGUGGCCAACAAACAUAUGAAAAAAGCUUAUCAUUACUGGUCGUUAGAGAGAUGUGAAUCAAAACCACAUUGAGAUACCAUCUCAUGCCAGGUAGAAUGGUGAUCAUUUAAAAAUCAGAAAACAACAGAUGCUGGAGAGGCUGUGGAGAAAUCGGAAUGCUUUGAUGGGAGUGUAAAUUAGUUCAACCAUUGUGGAAGACAGUGUGGCAAUUCCUCAAGGAUCUAGAACCAGAAAUACAUUUGACCCAGCAAUCCCAUUACUGGGUAUAUACCCAAAUAAUUAUAAAUCAUUUGACUGUAAAGACACAUGCACAUGUAUGUUUAUUGCAGCAUUAUUUACAAUAGCAAAAACUUGGAGCCAACCCAAAUGCCUAUUAAUGGUAGACUGGAUAAAGAAAAUGUGGCACAUAUUUACCAUGGAAUACUGCACAACCAUAAAAAAGAAUGAGUUCAUGUCUUUUGUAGGGACAUGGAUGAAGCUGGAAGCUAUCAUUCUUAGCAAACUAACACAGGAACGAAAAAGCAAACACCGCAUACUCUCACUCAUAAGUGGGAGUUGAACAAUCAGAACACGUGGACACAGGGAGGGGAACAUCACACACUGGGGCCCAUUAGGGGGUGGUGUCAAGGGAAUUAGAGUAUUAGGACAAAUACCUAAUGCAUGUGGGGCUUAAAACCCAGAUGACGGGUUGAUGGGUACAGCAAACCACCAUGGCACGUGUAUACCUGUGUAACAAACCUGCGUGUUCUACACAUGUAUUCCAGAACUAAAAGUAAAAACAGACAAGCAAACAAACAGAACCCAAGCUGUUUUACUGAUGAGCGGACAUGCAAGUUAAUUUAAGACUCCUGGUUGCAAGAAUAUUAAUAAUCUAGGUUUUAUUGUUGUUAAAUUUAACAUAAUGUGAGGAAAAUUAAUGCAAUAAAUUAUAGAUUUGAUCUUAGGUGAGGAGCCAAUUCAUUAUAGGACCUUUGGCAAACUAUUUAACCUCUCAACUUUGAUAUUUUCAACUUAUGAGUGUGACUAUUAAACAUUUAAUAAUAAAGUAAAUGUUAAUUAAUAUUCAACCCCUUAUGUUUGUAAUCAUACUCUCAGUCACUAUAUUAUGAGUCCUCACUAAACAGUCCAUAGUGUUGAUAAUACUGCUCACUGUGGUUAUUCUGAUCCUCACGUGACAUCUUAGUUGGGGAAACUGCGUAGGUGUUCAUGACUUCUUCCUUAGCACUUUGGCAGAUGAAAGGAGUGCCUGGGAUUAAAACCCACAGCCACAGGUUUGUAAUUAGCUGCUCUUGAGCUCACCGUAAGUUCAUCAGACUGUCUCCUGCAGUUUAUUGUCUACCACUUUCUCAGGAAGAUGGUAAAGAUUAACUCUUACCUCUUGCUAAAGUCAUUGCAAAUUGGAAAUGUUGAAUAAUAUAAAUGCAAGUUGAGCUCCUGGAGAUAAGACACUGCCAUUGUAAAACACAGCGAUUAUAUUGUAAAAUAUUUUAACUAAGGAAAAUAGCCUCAUUUGAAAUAAUGGUCAAAAGGGGCACCAACCUAAAUUUUCUUUAAAUUCAAUAUCCAAGACUUUUCUUCUCUUUUAAUCUAGCACACCAGUAUUUGUCUUUUGUUCUAACCAUACUUUGUUAUGAUGUAAUAUAUAUAUUAGAUAAAAUUUUGCUCCUGUUACCCAGGCUGGAGUGCAGUGGCACAAUCUCAGCUCAGUGCAACCUCUGCCUCCUGGGUUCAAGCGAUUCUCCUGACUCAGACUCCAAGUAGCUGGGAUUACAGGCAUGUACCACCAUGACUGGCUAAUUUCUGUAAUUUUAGAAGAGACAGAUUUCACCAUGUUGGCCAGGCUGGUCUCAAACUCCUGACCUCAGGUGAUCCACCCACCUCAGCCUCCCAAAGUGCUGGGAUUACAGGCGUGAACUACCAUGCCCAACCCUAUUUUUAUAUUUCUAAGGCUAAAAGAAUGUUCUUUGCAGAAAGAGUCAAUGGGAGGAAAAGACACAUGAGAGAAGUCAGUCAUAUGAUGAAUCUGCCAGUUUACUGAGUUCUUGUUCACCUGCAGCUGACUUAAUUUAAGUGGUAAUGUAUGACCAACAUUUUUUAUCCUAACAGCCAUGAGACAGAUAGAAGCAAAAUAUUCACUAACAUUCACUAACGGGUACUGGUCCAUGACCUGUUAGGAACCAGGCUGCUCAGCGGGAGGUGAGCAGCAGGUGGGUGAGCAUUACGCCUGAGCUCUGCCUCCUGUCAGAUCAGCAGUGCCGUUAGAUUCUCAUAGGAGCGCUAACCCUAUUGUGAACUGCACAUGCAAGGGAUCUAGAUUGCACACUCCAUAUGGGACUCUAACUAAUGCCUGAUUAUCUGAGGUGGAGCAGUUUAUCCCAAAACCAUCCCUGACCCAAGCCUCUGUCUGUGGAAAAAUUGUCUUCCACCAAUCUGGUCCCUGGGGCCAAAAAGACUGAGAACCGCUGUUUUACAAUAUAGAGCAGCAUUACUGAAAUUAAUCAGCAAUACGAAACUACACAUAGUUAAGGUUUGGAAGAGUUAAACAAAGUGAAUGUUUUUAGAAAUGGAGAAAAACUGAAAUAUAUCCACACACAAUUGCAUUAACCAGUCACUGGUAGCAUGAAAAGGCAUAAGCAUGUCUGAAGGUUAGAAUUCAUUUUGAAAAGAUGAGACGAAGCUUGAUUUUCAUUUGAUGUGGUGAAGUCUGUAGGGUUUGGGGCCAGUGGAUGCGCUGUCUGAAUUUAGAGACCUCUCAAAGGAGAGGCAGAGGUGACUCUUUUAACCAAAAAGAGAGUGGCUUUAGAUCUUUUUGUCACAUUUACCUGGGUGAUCAAUGAAUGCUUAGCUCUGUGUUCCUGUUCUGGAAUGUUCUUUUACCAGGAUUAUGUCUUGUUUUGUUUUUACCAGAUCCAGGAACCUUGUUUUCUCAUGCUCUCUGCAAAAUGGUAAUUUUACUGAGGCAUUUGGAGGCAUCCUAUCAGUAUGAUCUCCCUGAGGGAGAGAGGAGGUGCUUAUGGGAAGUCACCAGUAAAUGGGGAAAAGAAAAGAAGCCACUUGGAAGAGAGGGAUAUAAAUUAUUUUUAAACACCCUCUGUGAUUAUUUAGCUAAAUACAGGAGGCGUAAUGAACUUUAUUUUCAAGUAUGUGACCUUUUCACAACCAUAAACUGCAUACCAGAAUGUGCAGUGGUUUUAAUUAACCAUCCUGUUGUGUGAAACCAAAAACCAGACUGAAUAUGAGGGUUUUUUAAAUACCCAUUGAUUUGAGUACUUAGAAAAAAGAAUCAUUGUAAGCAACAUUCUGCAACUGAAUUUAUCCCUGUCUUUUUACUUUUAACUAUAAUUAGAGAAAAAAUAUAAAUUACACUAUUUGAUUUCAUUUCUUAGUUUAGAAAAAUAAGUAUGAUUAGCACGAAUUAAUUAGCAGAGGCACUAUUUAUGUAACAGUGUCUUUCAGAUAGUGCACCUUGAGGGGGAAAAGUAGGCAGUUUGCAUGUUCUGUGGGCUUUAGUAACUAUGAUUUAGCAAAUCAAUAUCCGGGAAUGUAUAAGGAAAUAAAAAGGACAGAUUCAUCUUGCUGUAUUUGCAGCCUUGAAAAGCCAUUUAUGUAAAUAUAAAUGUUGUAUUUGUACUGUAGUACAAAGCUGUAAAAAAUGGGCUCCUCAGUCACUGUUUUUGAGUGACAGUAAGACGAGGAAAACCAGGAAAUCACCACGUGUGUUGUGAUUAUUAACGCCAUACAAAAUAUGCCUGGAUACGCCCUCAUUUUAAGAAAUUCCAAUAGAUGACCAUCCAAACUUCAAUAUGCAUAAGUGAGAAUAGUUGUGAACAUGACAAAAGAAUGCUGUCAAAGAAGUAAUAAGGCCUCUGCGGUGGCUCAUACCUGUAAUCCCAGCACUUUGGGAGGCCAAAACGGGCAGAUCACCUGAGGUCAGGAGUUUGAGACCAACCUGGCCAACACAGUGAAACCCCUGUCUCUACUGAAAAUAAAAAAAUUAGCGAGGCUUGGUGGUGGGCGCCUGUAAUCCCAGCUACUCGGGAGGUUGAGGCAGGAGAAUCGCUUGAACCUGAGAAGUGGAGGGCAGUGAGCCAAGAUCACACCAUUGUACUUCAGCCUGGGCAACAAGAGCAAAACUCCGUCUCAAGAAAAAAAAAAGGAUUAAGAAGUAACUUAAAGCAAGGUAGUGAAAAUUAUCAGUUUUAUAUAAAUGAUAAAUAGAGAGUUCAUUUGAAAAUCUAUGUUACAUAGGGACAAAAAAUAGGACCUUAUUAAGAAGAUGUGGAUUUAUAGACAACUUUUCAAGGGCACAUCUACUGUGUGAAGUGGGAGUACCUUUAUUUUUAAUCUUGGUAGGACUUUUUCCAGUGUGGGAAAAACAAUCAAAGAAGUCACACAGUCAGGUUUUUAAAAGGAGACUAACAGACUAGUAAAAAUUACGUAAAAUGCCUCUUCCAGGCAACUUCAAUUGUUUACCACCCCCUCCCCUUCUUUUUUAGUGUUUCCCACAGUGUCCUGCAUGGUGCUUAUCAAAAAGGAUACUUAAUAAAUGCUUGUGGCAGGUUGAAUUAUUUGAUCCUGAUUUAUUUAUUUUUAUUUACAUUUCAUAGAAAGCCAAAUUACUCCACAGAAAAUUUGCCAUGUAUGUCUGCAUUUUCCACUGGAAUCUUCUUCAUUGUGUUAAAAAGAAAGAAAAGCUGGCUCACUAUCUGUAGAUUUUUACUUUUCCAUUUGAGUUUUAAGGACUAUUAAAUAAGUAGGACUUUCUUUUAUCUUUCCAUAUGUCAUGAAUCAGUACACUCAGAUGCAAAGAUCAUUUUCCACUUUUCUUAUCUUUUCCAGUUUUAUUGUCAUCUCCAAAGCUAACGAGAGCCUCUGCUCCGUCUAUUCUCUGCUACAGAAGUCAGUAUGUCUAACCACAUAAAUGAUUUCUUUUAAACUCUUAGCAUAGCCACACCUUUACUGGGAAGGAGCAGGAACCAACCCCCAGGGAGCGACCUCACUGUAUUGAGCUCUGCCCUCCUGCCAGGCUCACUGUUCAUCCUGGGGCCUUGCAUCUAUAAUCUCAUUUAUCCUCACAGCAUCCCACAGGCCCUUGUGUUACCAGUGAGUAACCAGAGGCCUAAUGGGAUUAAGAAAUUGACGCAAGGUCAGGAGGCUAGAAAGUGAGGGUGGGAAGAGUCCAACCCAUACCUCCAGUAUGACAAGGAGGCAGCGAUCUUAACCACUGCCUGAGGACUAGAGCAGCACCUCUGCCUUUGUACAGAAAGCACAAGUACCUACAUAGUGAUACUUCUUGAUAUAUAAAAGUAAAAAAGAAAACAUUUUGAAAUGUAUAAACUCUGGAUUUCACUCCUGCCUCACUUGUGGCUGGGUGACCCUAAACCAAAUCACUUAACCUUUGUGCCUUAAUUUUUGCAAAUCAACAACAAAUUAAAAUAUCCACCUUACAGAGAUGUUAUUGGGAUUUGAUGUGAUAAUCCUUAUAAAAGCAAGCAAGUAGCACUAUGCUUGGCACACAGGUGGAUGACGAAGCUGUAAAGACUGAUUUUUAAAGGCCUUUUGAGCAGUGCUAAAUUAGAGCAUCAACUAUAAUCUGCUGGCAUUGAGAAAUCACUGAAUGUGUAUAAACUUGUCCUGAAGGUACAUGAUCAGAUUUGUGUUGUUGAAAAAAUGAAUUUAAAAGCAUUGUGGAGGCUGUAAUGAGUGGGAGCAAAAUCAGAAAUAAGGUACAUGGUCAGAGGCUUCCCUGAGGUCCAGGCAAAAGGAGACGCAGGUUUGAGCAGAGCGGUGGUCAUAGACACAGAGGCACAGCCCCAUGGAUAUGGCAGAAGGGGAGUUAAAGACAAUGAGCUGCUGCUUGAAGAUAAGGAAAUGAAGCGGUUACACAUGACCUCGUAACAGCAGCUGGGCAGAUGGUGAAUAUGGUGAUGCUAUUAGCCACAAAGAAGAAAUACUUGAGGAGAAAUAGAUUGUACGGUGAAGAUCAUGAGUUUAACUUGAGAAAGGCUGAAUUUUAGAUUGCCCACCAAAAACCAUGGAGAAGAAUGUUUAUGAGAAAUUGGCCCAUGGUACAGAAGUUACAUCUGAGAUGUAGACCAGCAUUUGGGAUUAAUACAGAGAAUGGCGGAGGAUGCCUGGUAGUACAUGACUAUCAGCAGCAUCACCAUCGUACCGGCGCUCCCAGCAGUGCUCAGCACAUCUUUAUGGCAGGAGGGUGAGGAGGUAGAAGGGCAGGACUACAGAGGGUGUCCAAUGCCUGAAGAGAAAGAGCCUAGGAGAGGAGGGAGGCAGGGGAGGCAGGAAGAGCUGGCCAGGAGGCUGAGAAACCACCUCCCAGGAGAACCGGGACUAGAGGUGCGCCUUGCUAUGGCUUCUAUUCUCAACUUACCUCUGUUUGUCUAUGUUGAAAAAGAUUUAACAGAAACCCUAAAGAUCAGUGUCUUCCCUUUUGUUCACACCUCUCGAAUAGUCUGAAUGCUGCUAUUUAGUCACUUCCUUGCAGGGAGGGCCGCAAAAGGCAGUUGUCGCACUGGAGAGCAGUGCCUGUUGCAGGUUACAAAGGGGACAGGGCGGCACGCCACGGUGCUUCCAACAGACUGUGUCUGGAAAUAAGUGACUCACAGUCUUAACUCUUUGUCUCCUUCGGUCUAUUUUCCCAUUGUCCUUUUCUGAAUUUCUUCACCAAGCUUUAUUCAACCCUUCAGAUAUACUCACUGGCAGUGUCUCCCACAGCUACAUGGAAAUACACCGAAAAAAGGGAAAAAAAAAUGUUUUACCAUGCUCUGCAUUUCAAUGAGGACUCUUGGGUUCAAGAUGUGCCUUAGACCCUGCAGAACUCCUUCCCAGUCUCAGCCUACAGCAGGUGGGCUCCACUGUCCUCGUGGGCUGACCCUACUGUUAAGGUCCCCACUGACCACCUCAUUGCAAAACCCGUGGACUGUGUCCAGGGCUUCACUUACUUGACCAUAGAAAACUGUUGGGCCCCAUAAGACCAUUCCCACCUUCUUGAAAUCUACUCUGGCUUUGCAGACAUCAUCCUAGACUCAGUUUUCUCCCGUCUGGCCUCUCCUUAUUUCUCAGGUUCCUUUGCUGCCUCCUCUUUCUCUAUCUGACUUCAAAUAUUCCAUGGAGCUCUCUUCUCUCCCAGACUCUGAGUGAUCUCACUCAGUCUUAUGGCUAACGGCUUCCAAAGUUCUGUCUCCAGCUUCUAUCCCCACCUUGACCUUCCUCUGCUUAGUGAACACAUCCACCCCAGAUAUUUGAAACUAGUCCAAACCAAAUUUAUUAUCCUGUCUUCCAAGCCUAGAUUAGAAAAUGGCUCCACCAUCUAACCAAUUGCCCAAGCCAGAAACCUGGGAGCGUCCUUGACUCCUCUCCUUCACAAAUCACCUAUAUCCAAUUAGAGACCAAACCUAUUGAUUUUGCCUCUGAAGUCUCCUCUCCCUCUCUGCUUUUGCAGCCUAGUGCAGACCACGAGACUCUGUCACACUUUGACUACAGGACUGUGUCCCCUUAUCUGCUCUUCCUGCCGCUCUGCUUACUUCCCUCCAUCUUACUCUCCUUGUUGCAGUUAAAGCGAUCUUUCAAAUCUAAUCAUGGCACUGAAUGCUGAAAUCCCUGCAGCAGCCUGUCCGGCAGCAUCAGAAUAACCAACUUUCCAGGACCUUCGUGACCUGGUCCUUGCUCACCUCUCCAGUGCCAUCUGUCUCUUCUGCCGGCCCUCUUAACCUCUUGCCUUUCCACAUGCUGUUUACUCUUUCCAGAACCUGCUUUCCCCCUUCUCACCUCUUCCCUCUUUAGUCUGAAUCAUUCCUAGCUUUCCUCCCUUUCUCCUCACAAUAGGAAAGGGAGCUUUGCUGGUUAAUCUUAGAAAUCCUAUAAUCCUAUACUUCUCCCAUCAUAGCAUUUGUUAGACUCUGUUUUAACUGUUUAUUUAACUGUCUCUCCUAUAGAUUGUGAGUUCCAUGAGGGCAGAGACCAUGUGUGUCUUGUUCCUCCCUAUAUCUUCAGUGCCUAACUUAGUGUCUGGCACACAGUAGGUAUUCAAGACACUUCUCUUGAAUGAAAAAUGUAGCUUGGCAACACAGAGAUGGACAAGAAGACAUGCCUCCUAUCCAAGGACAUGAACUUUUAAGAAAAAAAACAGUAAUAAUUAUCACAUCACAAGUAGAAAAAUACAUGAUCCAAAUUUGCACAGAAAAGGGAGUGGCUGACUUUGUCUGAAAGACGUGAGUUGAUCUUUAAAAGUGUGAGGAGUCAAUAUGACAUUCAUCUUUGGACUUAGCUCUGCUACUAAUUAGCGUUUCAUCUUGGGUGAAUCAACCUGACUUCUCUGAAUUUUAAUUUCAUUCUCUACUAAAGUGGCGAUAAUACCUCACUUUACAAAACCAUAGGGAGGAUUAAAUAGACUAAUUUAAAUGACAUAUACAAAGCCUGGCACCUCGUAGAUGCUCCAUAGAUAGUAGCUGUUUUAUCAUUUGAUUGAAUUUCAUUUACACAAUGCUUCUUGAACUAAGGCACCUGAAGACGAACGAGGCAAAAAGAAUAAGUUCCUUGAAUGUGACUAAAAUUACAACUUCAGCUGGGUCAACAUGAGGGAGUUUCUAAACUACAGACUAAUAUAUAAUUUAUUGUUUGCCUCCAUUAAACUGUAAUGAACUAUUGAGAACCAAGGGGAGAGUCCUUACCAAAAAAAUCUUCUUUUACCACAACCUAGGGAAUUAUUUGCACUGUUGCCUUCGUGCUUGGAGUAACUUACUAGCUCUGGGUCAUCUUUAUUCAUCCGGAUAUUGACUCUACGUAAUAUCACAUAAUAAGCUUUCACCUCAUCAGCCUAGUAUUCUAAGGGAGGUAUACUUUAAAGAUAUAAAAUCUGGCUGUCUGUGCAACAGCAAAAAUGUGUUUGAAGGCGCUGGCAAUGAAUAUAAUUCUGAUCAAAAGCUCUAGGUAAUAUCCAUGCAUCUCACUUUAUUUCCUUGGGGAAACACUCAUGCACUAUAAGCCUAUUCUUUAUGAUGUCGAUGAUUAAUAAGAGAUAACAUCAUGACAUUUUUAUCAACCACUUUCACAUCACUUUCAGGAUGCCAACAAGUUGAUUUCAGUUAGUUUGGGGUCCCUGAGAUAAUGUUAAGUCAUUAAUUAACUUGCGUAGCCUGAGGCGUCUUUGCUGGAAUCUUGCUGCUGUCUCUUACUGAGCUAUUCAGAAUCUUUGAUUGCUUCCAGAACUUAAUUCUUUCAGAGCACAGACAUGUCAGUGGUUUGACAUUUCCUAAAAAUUAUCUAGUUAUCUAAGAAGUAAUGCUACUGUUUAGAUAUUCAGAAGUCAUUUGCUUACGAGAAGAACCAAUUCCAACUGGCCCUCAGAAUUCAGAGUAGAGCGGAAAUGGUAGGGUAGAGCAGAAAUAGUAGGGCUUUCCCUGUUUUCGAACAUUUAAAGAAUCGCAUUGCAUGCUCACAACAUGUGGAACAUAUCUGACUUCUGGAUAGAGUUCAUUCCACUAAAGUCUUCAGUACACAGUCAGUGGUAAUGGCCAUUCUAGAAUCUACCAGGCUUUCCAUGAGUAGGAGAAAAGGUUUGGUCCUUCUGAAGAGAAGUCCUUCACUUCAGAACUUCUCAUGAUUCCAGCCUGUGCAGUGGGGCUGAGCCCUGCAGAAUCACCAGUGCAGCCUUUGCUUACGUGCACAUGCUCAAGCCUCAUGUAACAGACCGACUCUGGAAACGGAGCCAAAUAUAGGUAUAUUUUUCACUUCCAGGGGCGAUUUAGACAAACAGGUAUGGUUGGCAAUCACUGUCCUUUGCGUGGGCAGCCUUGGUUUGACUUUCCAGCUUUCUCUCCAGCGGCACUCAGGACUCUGCCCCCUUGGUCACUUGCACAUCCCCAUCUUCCUGGUGUCACCUGUACUGUGAGCCUCCUCUUCCUCUCUACUGAAAUCCAGAGCAUUUCUUAAAAUGGUGGCUCUUAUACCUUACUGUGCAUAAGAAAAACCCUGGAACAGCUGAAAAAGUUGUGUUUCCAGCUUUCCCUGCCCUAGAGGUUCCAAUUCAUUGGGGCCGGGAUAGGGUCCGGACAGGACAUGGUUUGUAAGCUCUUCGGUCAACUCCGAGGCAAUCGUGGCUCCGCUCUGAAAACAACUGCUUUAUGCCUUUCUCAGUACAACUUUCCCAAAUCCAGCUCUCAGAAUUAAUUGCUUUCAUGCUCUGGUUUCUUGUCAGAACAAAGAAAUCUUUGACCUUUAGGAAAAGUCCCAUGGAAAGGGACAGUUGUGAGUUUGUAACCAAACUUUUUAAGGCCUUGCUUAGGUAGGGCUAAAUUAAAAGUGAAAAAAAAAAAAUUUAUUUUAAACUAAGUGCUCUUUUCCUCUGGUCAGAGCACUUCUCUCGUCCCACUGGUGUGCACUCUCUGCAUGAUAUUAUGGGCUGUGACCCAGGGGUCUGUCUCCGUAGUUAACAGGCAGUCCUCAAGGGCAGGAACCAUGCUAUCCUCGUUUUUGUGUUCCUGAUCUUAAUUCAGUGUCUGGCACAAUUCAGAAAAUUAUGUCAAAUAGACAGUAGUGUUUUAUGACAUAAAAUGUAUUUAUAAUUUAAAAUUACAGUGUAAAAUCUAGAAAAAGUAAAUAUUCCACAGCUGCUGCUCUGUGACUCACUGUCAGUGUCAAGAGGAGACUGUUUUCUUCUCGAUUUGGGGCAGCUGCAAUACCAACUCCUUUCAUGCUGUCACUGCUCGAGAAGUGUCUCCAAUCAGCAGCAGGCCCAGACUGUCCACUCUCAUUUCAACUGCAUUUAAAUCUAUUUUGCAUGUUUCUUUCAGAAUCAGCUUUUGAAAUCUUUUUCCAAGAAGAAAACAAUGCAGUCUUCUACUGGCGAUACUGAAUGCUUGUGGUCAUUUUCUUUUUGCUUUCUGCCAGGUUUCUGUCUGUCAUGGGCAGAACCAGCAUCCUGUGAAGAGUGUUGUGUUCACCUGAUGCCCACAGACUCCAGGGAGACAGUGGGCUUUACACAUGAGCUCACAGGGGCCAUUACCACCCGCUCUGCUCUGGGCCUCAGCUCUGCCCUGGGGUGUGGGGUGUCAGGAGGCCGUGGUACCCCUGGCCUGGCUUCUUCUUCAUGCCCCUUCCUCCACAGGCUCCCUCUCCACAGGGGCCUUUCUCUGCCUGCUGCAUCCCUGCCCUCUGCCCACUGUUGACUGUUCACUCUUGAGGUCUCCAUUUAGCUAUUAUCCUCACCAGGAAAACUUCCCGAUCCUCCUAAAACCGAGUCAGGGCCUCCCAUGUUCUAUUUGUUUAUCAUACGUAUUGUAGACUUAGCAAAUCAUGUUAUCAAUAAAAUUGCCUGUUUGCCAGGCAUGUGGAGUGGGAUAAUGGACUUUGGAGACUCAGAGGGGGAGUGGGAAUAAGGGAUAAGGGAUAUUGGGCAUAAUGUACACUACUCAUUGUGUCUCUUUGCACAGAGACUGAGCUAUGUGCCCUCAUAGGCCACAAAGGUGUCUGCAGUUUCAUUCCUAUGAAGAAUAUUUGAGUUAAAAGAUGCCGAACUAGUCCCUGUGAAACAAUCAAAGGAUAAAAAGGCAUGCCCCUUCCCCACAGAUUGCUUUCAAAGAAAUUAGCGCCAUAAUCACACAGGCAAGAUUACACAAAUCGGAGCCAAACAGUACCUAAGGAGUGACCAUUGUGAUGGGUGCCCUGCUAUUUGCAGCAUGAAGUUCGAAAUUCCAGCCAUCUCUCAAUGCCCACCUCUAUCUGACCCCUUCCAAAGACUCCACCCGUGCCCCUACUGCUCCCCUAGAAAAGUCCUUCUUUCUAAACACAUGGUAUGUUCCUUGCCCUCCAGAUAAACCAUGCUAAUCCCACUUCCACACCUUUCAAGCAGUGAGGCCCCACCUGGAAUAUUCCCCUUGCUUUGUCUCCUGACAUGCCCUGUCCUGUAGGGGGUAGGGGGGGUGGGCCUGCCCUGACCACCCAGCCAAGAGUUCGUCUUCUUCAGCAGUUACAGGACACUCAGUAGAGACUACACCAAGUUGUGAUGAAUUUUUAUGUAAGUGCUUUCUCCCCUCAAGGACCACAGUUUACGUCUUUUAAAAUUCCCAGUGCUCAGUGCAGAGAGUACUAGCUCAACAAAUAUUUGGAGAUGGUAGUCGCUUCUGGUUGGAGAAGUCAAUGAAGAUUCCUAAAGGAUGCAGCAUAAAGGAAGUGUCAUUCUAGAUCCCCCAAUGGCUCCUGGGACCUAGAACUACAAGUUUCACGUUUUUGGCAUUGUGGUGAGAAGAGCCUCUGGGUUUAGGUCUUAUCUCUGGAUGGCCUCUGAGUGCUGACCAUGGCUGGCCAUCCACCCGCCCCUUCUUCUUGGACUCCUUAACUCAGUUUGAUUACUGGGAGCCCUCUCAUUUCUCCAGACAUAAUGUCUUCUCUACACAGUCCCUCUGGGGGAUAUCAUCUAAUCCAUGGCCUCAGUUAGCAGUGUUUGUGCAGAAUACUUUGAAAUCUUCUUGGGUCUUCAGCCCUCAUCUCUCUCCUGAGCUCCUAACUCACAAAUUCAGCCUCUUGCUAAAUACUCCAUUUGUAUGACCCUCAUCAUCUUUCCUUCCCGCAAACUUCCCCUUCCUCCCUGAUCUCUGGGUCAGUAAAGGCAUCCCUUCAUAUUCACCCACUUCAGUCCACUCCUACUGUAACUGCCUGAAUCUAAGCCACCAGGAUUUCUCACUUGAUUGCUAUAAGGGCCAGUCCUCCCACUCAUCCUGUUUCCACCUAUGCCCUGUCUAACUAAUCCUUUCUUCACAGUGCACGCCAAAGUGACAUUUUUGAAAGUCAUAUAUAAUCAAAUUAUAUUUCCGCUUGAGGCUCACCAAAGUUUCCCCAAUAUUCUUGGAGUAAGGUCAAGUUUUCCUAACAAAACCCUUCGUAGUCUAUUCCCUUCUAGCCUCCUCUUCCCCUGCUCACCAUCUCCUCUGCUCCCCACCCCACUCUGAGCCCCAGCCAUGUGGACCCUCUGUGCUGUUGCCUUAGUCCUCCAGGCACCUCUCACCUCUGGCCUUGGAUCACGUACACACCUGCCCCUUGCUUUGCCAUCCCCUGCUAAUCAAGAUUUGGAUUCCAGCGCAGACUUUACUUACCCUGUAGCCUUCUCUAACCUCAUGAUCUGGAUGGGUCACCCUUUUCUCCUCUGCCUGAGCAGCCUCUAUUUCUCCUCCCCAGGAUCUUACCAUUCUAUAUCGUAGUUGCUUGCGUAAUUGUGUGCUCAGUAACAAUUGGCCUACAGGAUGGAUGAUUAGAUGAUCUGUUUACUGAAAGGGCAGCUUCUCUGAAAAUCAGCUUCUUCAAAGAAGAAGGCCUACAUUCUAGAGAAUUCAUCAAUGGUACAUGAGAUUUUCAGAGAUGAUAGAGAAACACAACAAAGCAUUUUGCUUUAAGGAUACAUAAUGUUUGUGUAACCAUUAUCUUUAUAUGGCACCUUUCAAACUCAGUUUUGUCCCAAUAGCCCCAUAUGAAGCAGAAGCAGCAGAAAAUAUUGACUUUCAUUUACCAAAGAGAAAAUCGAGGCCCAAAGUAAUGAAGUAUUUGGCUAAAGGUCAUAUUGGGCUUUUGGCCUUCAACUGGAAGAAAAGUCUUCUCAUUGCCAGCCACAAGCCUCCACAGACCACUUCCCAGGCUGCCAGCUCUCAAUCUGGCUAUAAGGAAAUGGAGAGACUUUCCUCUCUACCAGGAGAGAAGGAGAAGGCAACAAGAGAAGGAGAAAAAUAGUUGAGAACGCAUGUCACGAGAAAAGAACAAAUAUCAGAUCAUUCCGUUUUUUCACUCAGUCAUUCAGCAAAUACUUCUGGUUGCCUAAUACGUGCCAGAGCUGAGGAUCAUCGUAGACAAAAUCAGAAGCUAUGUCUGCCUCGUGUGUACAGUAGGAAAGGCAGACUAAUCCAAAACAUGGCAAAUCAGGCAAAAUUCGAAAUGCGAGAAGACCUCUGAAAGGCAGGCAUAUGCAGCACUUCAAGAGCAGACAGCAGGGACAUUGGACCAGUCAGGGAGGGCCGAGGACACACUUAGGAACUGUAGGUGUUCACUGGGCAAGGGUGGGGCUGGGGCUGCCCAGGGUAUGGGCAGAGUGAGAAGAUGGGGAGAGACCAUGAGCAGAAAUCUGUGAAUGUCUUGGAAGUUGAAGGAUCAGAAGAAGAGCACAGCAACUCAUCAUCAUGGAAAAGUGAAGGAAGUAUUUAACUGAAAGUUUUUUACACAUUGCAUUCUGAGUCAGCCCAAGAGUGUUUCCAGCCAAUUGUAGCUGACAAGUGAGGGGAAGAACAAGGC